CAAGAGAAAAGCAAACCAUUUCAACAGUCACGAAACCCCUGUAAACAUUCUCCUCACUCUCGAAAAUGUUCCUCAUCGUAAUCCCAUUUUUUCUCUGAUUUCAUUUCCCUUUUAAUUGGUUUUUUCAGGGUCCAUUCAUAUUUCCUAUCGGAGGCUUUUGGGGUUUAUUUUUCUUCUUCUUCGAUCGCCAUGACCAACGGAGAAUAGCAACGUUAACUUCACCAUAGGCAUCGUCAUCAACACAGGGAAGAGACCUCAAAGUUCUCGAGAGUUCGAAUUUCUAAUUGUAUUUUGUUUUUGGGUUUUGUGCCUGCUUUAGGUUUCCAAUCAGAACCCCCAAUUUUGAUGUUGUAAGCUUUCCUUUAUAGUCUUAUUAUAAGGAAAAAGAAGAAGAAGAAGGAUUAGCUUUUUUAUUCUGUAAUUUCAGUUUCAGUUUUGUUUUGUAUCCUCUCCAAUACGCUACAAUCAGCAAUAAUUUGAUUCUCACCUCUGCACUUAUUAUUAUGUUUAUAUAUCUUAGGAAGAAAAGAAAAACAAAAUUGUCUUUGUAGAAAAUGUUAUCAAUAAAAUUUUGAUAAAUUCUAAUUUUGUUGCCAGAAAAAAAAGCAGUGAGACUCGAGUGUGAGAGGAAAAAAAGGAAAAAAAUAUAAAAAUUAAGAAAAAAAAUGGGGAGUCAUGUAUUGGGAAAUCAAACCAGUGGGCAAAGGUUGGGCAUCACGGAACCUAUUUCGUUGGGAGGACCGACUGACUAUGAUGUGAUUAAAACCCGAGAGCUCGAGAAGUAUUUGCAAGAUGUGGGAUUAUAUGAGAGUCCAGAGGAGUCUUGUAGACGUGAGGAAGUACUUGGGAAGCUUGACCGGAUUGUGAAGAAAUGGGUUAAAGCAAUUGUCCGUGCCAAAGGUUUGAAUGAGCAACUAGUUCAAGAAGCAAAUGCUAAGAUAUUCACCUUUGGUUCUUAUCGACUAGGGGUACAUGGACCUGGUGCAGAUAUAGAUACCCUUUGUGUGGGACCUAGAUAUGCAACACGAGAAGACGAUUUCUUUGGUGAACUGCACAAGAUGCUAUCAGAGAUGCCUGAAGUGUCGGAAUUGCACCCAGUGCCUGAUGCUCAUGUCCCAGUCAUGGGAUUCAAAUUCAAAGGAAUUUCCAUAGAUCUUCUCUAUGCAAGACUCUCACUUUGGGAUAUUCCUGAAGACUUGGAUAUUUUGCAAGACUCUAUAUUACAAAAUACAGAUGAGCAGACAGUUCGUAGUCUUAAUGGUUGCAGAGUCACUGACCAAAUUUUACGUUUGGUUCCAAAUAUUCAGAAUUUCCGGACAACUUUGAGAUGCAUGAGGUUUUGGGGAAAACGUCGUGGUGUCUAUUCUAAUGUAUCUGGUUUUCUUGGUGGUAUAAAUUGGGCAUUGCUUGUUGCUCGUAUAUGCCAGCUAUACCCUAAUGCUUUGCCCAAUAUGUUAGUUUCUCGAUUUUUUAGGGUUUAUACUCAGUGGCGUUGGCCAAAUCCAGUCUUGCUUUGUCCAAUCGAGGAAAGGUCUCUUGGUCUUCAAGUUUGGGAUCCCAGAAAAUACCCAAAAGAUAGAUAUCAUUUGAUGCCAAUAAUUACCCCUGCUUAUCCUUCCAUGAAUUCUAGUUACAAUGUGUCCUCAAGUACUUUGAGAAUCAUGACAGAUGAAUUUCAGAGGGGUGGUGAAAUUUGUGAGGCUAUGGAGGCAAACGAAGCUGACUGGGAUACCCUUUUUGAGGCUUAUGCAUUCUUUGAUGCAUAUAAGAAUUAUCUAGAAAUAGACAUCUCUGCCGAAAAUGAUGAUGAUUUAAGAAAAUGGAAAGGCUGGGUUGAGUCCCGUCUCCGUCAACUCACAUUGAAGAUUGAAAGGCACACGUAUAACAUGCUUCAGUGCCACCCACAUCCUGGUGAUUUUCAAGACAAAUCUAGGCCCUUCCAUUGCAGUUACUUUAUGGGUUUGCAACGCAAACAAGGAGUUCCAGUAAAUGGAAGUGAACAAUUUGAUAUAAGGUUAACUGUAGAGGAGUUUAAACACACUGUUAAUGCGUACACUUUGCGGAAGUCUGGAAUGGAGAUCCGUGUAUCCCAUGUAAAACGUAGAAACAUACCUAGCUUCGUAUUUCCUGGUGGUGUCCGCCCUUCCCGUCCAUCUAAAACGACCUGGGAUAGUAGAAGGUUAUCGGAUGCAAACGUUUCUCUACAUGCUGGAUCAGACAAGUCGAGUGAAGUUAAAGGAGUUGCAGUUGGACAGGUUGAUGGAAAGAAGAGGAAGAGGGUAGAAGACAAUGCAGAUGCUCAAUCGAAAAACGGAAAAUGUGUUAUUGCUGUGCCAUCUUCUAGUCCGGAAGUUCAAGUUGGUUGUCUUGCUAGCAUUGUGAGUUCUUGUUCCACAAAGGGUGAGUAUCUAGAUGCAACAGGAUCAGUUGAACAAACAAAGGGAAAUGCUGAGAGCAAUAUGAUGAAUGGCUCAAAAAAUCUUAGUAUGGAACAACUUUCUUCCCAUAACGGUGAGGUUGAUGGACAUAAGGGUUUGCAUGUUACUACCUAUGAUGAAAGUUCUAUAGAGGCAGAGAACUUGGCCAUCGAGCAAAUAAUGUCUGGUCCAUAUGUCUCCCACCAAGCUUUGGAGGAACCUGAAGAGCUUGAAGAUUUAGAAUUUAGGAACCCAAUAGUCUCUGUGGGGAAUACUAAUAAUGGCCCUCUGCAGUCUUCAGUGUCGGAUUCGGCAGGAGCAUCACCAGUAUUAUCAAGUGAUGGAGCCGGUCCUUCCCUUAAUUUACAUGCUAGUGGUGGUAUUGAAGAGUUAGAGCCUACAGAACUUACUGCAAUGCCAUCAAUUCCGGUUGCACCUGUGGUCCAGAGGAAGCCACUAAUAAGAUUGAACUUCACAUCCUUGGGUAAGGCGUCGGAGAAAAGUGGGUAAAAUGGGGUUUAGAGAAGUGGGGUUGGCGUGAUUCGGAAAGGGUUAUGCGUGAUAACUGAAGUUAACCGUUCUCUUUCAUCACCCGUUUUAUAGUCAAUAAAAAGAAAUUGUCUGAGCUUGCAAGAAUUCCAGCGCUGAGCUGUGUAAAUGAAAUGAUGUAUUGCUACAUAUUGUAAGGAUAAAGCGGCUGGAGAACAUAAUUGCUGCAUGGGGUUCAUGCAGCUUCCGACUUUUACAUUUUAUACCCCACAGUAAACUUGAGAAUAUAAGACAAUUUGGUGUAUGUUCCCAUGAGAAUCGGAACAUGAAACUGGGGAUGCUACUACUACGUGUUUGACAUACUUUUGCACCUGUAUAAGUGCUAAAAUUUCAAUGCUAUUACUGCUUC